AAGUAAUUUAAGAAGUUUUGAGCUGGUGAGAAAGACGGAAGAGUUUACUGUGUAUUUUUUUAGUUUAUUAAUCCUAUUAAUUUCAAAAUGAAUGUACAAGCUUGUGCCAGAUGUGGCCAUGGGGUUUACCCAGCAGAGAAGAUAAACUGUAUAGAUCAGACAUGGCACAAAUCUUGCUUUCACUGUGAGGUCUGUAAGAUGAUAUUAACAGUCAACAAUUUCAUCAGCUACAAGAAAAAGCCCUACUGUCAUGUACAUAACCCCAAAAACAACACCUUUACUAGUGUUUAUGAAACACCACUGAACAUCCAUGCCAAAAAGCAGACAGAAGAACAGAGUGAGAUCAAAUACAAAGAAGAUGCAGAAAAAUUCAAGUCUAUUUUCCAUUGGGAUAUGAAAUCCAGAAAUGUGGAACAUGUUCAUGAAUUCUCUGAGUUUACAACACAGGGUGAGUACAGAAGUGGCCAUGAGGAGCAUAUUUCCAUGUACAGCACGUCAGGAAUGCAGCAAGCCAGAACCACGGGGGAAGUUACAAGUGAUCUUAAAUAUAUAGAAACAUGUCAGCAACAGAAAGGCAAGGGCAGUUUUCCUGCUAUGAUUACUCCAGCAUACCAAAUAGCAAAGAAAGCCAGCGAGCUUGCAAGUGGCGUGGAAUACAGGCGUGGACAUGAGGAGCAGAUGUCCAGAUACACAACCGUAGUGGAUACUCCACAGAUACUACAUGCCAAAGCAGGAGGACAGAUGGCAAGUGAUAUCCGGUACAUGCAAGAGUAUGAGGAACAAAAAGGUAAAGGCAGCUUCCCAGCCUUGAUCACACCUGGUUAUCAGAUUGCCAAGAAAGCCAGUGAAUUAGCCAGCAAUAUCAAGUACCAGCAGCGUUACAUGAAUGAUAUAAAGGGAAAAGCCAGUCAUGUUAGCAGAGCUGAAGGUUCCUCUACAACCGAGGAGGGAGCAUUUGGUGAGGAUGUUUAUAUGGAAGAUUUUGAAGAGCGUCAAGGAAAAGGCAGUUUUCCAGCCAUGAUCACUCCUGCAUACCAAAAUGCCAAGAAGGCCAAUCAGCUUGCAAGUGAUAUACAAUAUAAGAAGGAUUUAGGCAAGAUGAAAGGAGCUGCGCACUACCAUACUCUAACAAUGGAUGAAAACUUGGUGAUGAAACAAGCCCAGGAUGUGAACAAGUUAUAUAGUGAGAAUACAUAUAAGAAAGACCUUGAACACACAAAAGGACACAGCAUAAACUACUGUGAAACGCCACAGUUCAAGAACAUGGCCAAAGUUUCUAAAUACACAAGCGAUGUAAAGUACAAAGAAAAUUACCGCAAUCAAAUGAAAGGCCACUAUGAAGGGGUUGGUAUGGAUAAACGCACACUACAUGCAAUGAAAGUAAACACUUUGGCAAGUGAUAUAAACUACAAAUCUGAUAAAGAACUUGACAAGGUUGACUAUUUCUACCCUGCAACUGCUACUCCUUCAUAUGUGACAACAAAGAAGUUGGAGCCUUUGAAAGAUGUAAACUAUCGACAACAUAUAGACAAAUUGAAAUACAGUUCUGUGGCAGAAACCCGAGAAAUGGCACAAGCUAAAAUUAAUGCAAAACAGCUAAGUGAUAUAAAUUACCGGGCCCACUAUGAGAAAACUAAAACACAGUAUACUCUUCCUAAAGAUGUUCCUCAACUGGUCAAGGCAAAGGCUAACGCAGAUCUCUUCAGUGAUAUUAAGUACAAGGAAGUCUGGCAAAAAUCAAAGGACAAAGAUUUUGACAUGAAACUGGAUUCCAUUUCUAUACUGGCUGCAAAAGCAUCCAGAGACCUUGCCAGUGAUAUCAAAUACAAAGAAGCCUACGAAAAAACAAAAGGUAGAGCCACAGGAACUGAAGUCAGUGACUCCAGGCUCCUGCAUUCACUGCAAGUAGCUAAGCUGAGUAGUGAGAGGGCUUACAAAGAAGGAUUUGAGCAGUCAAAAACACACUUUCAUCUACCUUUGGAUAUGGUGAACCUGAAACAUGCCCAGAAAGCUCAAGUUUUAGCCAGUGACCUCGACUACAGGACAAGGCUCCAUGAGUACACAACCAUCCCUGAAGACAUGAAGGUCAGCUGGGCAAAGAAAGCCUACAACUUGCAGAGCGAGAAUUUGUAUCGGUCUGAUCUGACAUGGAUGAGAGGUGUUGGAUGGGUAACACAGGGCAGCCUAGAUGUACAGCAGGCCAAGAAAGCCGGUGAUCUUGCCAGUGAGAAAAAGUACAGACAGAAGGUCGAUGCCUUGAAAUUCACAAGUGUGGCUGAUACUCCACACAUCAAACAUGCCAAGAAGAGUCAGGAACUCCAGAGUGAUCUUAUUUACAAGUCAGGAACUGAACAGGCCCUUCAUCAGUACUCAAUAAGCAAAGAUGAACCACUGUUCAGGCAAGCCAGGGCUAAUGCAGAAUACCUCAGUCAGAAAAUGUAUAAGAGCAGCUGGGAAAAGCAAAAGGAGAAAGGAUUUGAGCUACACCUAGAUGCAAUCCCCAUCCUAACUGCCAAGUCGAAGCGGGAUCUAGCAAGUGAUAUAAAAUACAGAGAAGAGUAUGAGAAGACAAAGGGCAAGUGGACUGGAGUAAAAGGGGUGUCAGAGGAUACACAGAUGGCACAUUCGUUACAAGUUUCCAAAUUACAGAGUGACCUGGCAUACAAAAAGGGAUUUGAGGAUGCAAAGACCAAAUACCAUGUCUCUAUGGACAUGGUAGACCUAGUUCAUGCCAGAAAGGCUCAAAGUUUGGCCACUGAUAAGGGAUACAAGACACUGCUACAUCAGUAUACUGCCUUACCAACAGACAUGAAAGUGGAAUGGGCAAAGAAGGCUUACAACCUGCAAAGUGAUAAACUGUACAGAUCAGAUCUGAACUGGAUGAAAGGAGUUGGAUGGGUAACUGCUGGUUCCUUAAACGCAGAACAAGCCAAAAAAGCAGGAGAAUAUUUCAGUGAAAGGAAAUAUCGCCAGCAUCCAUAUGCUCUGAAGUUCACCAGUGUGCACGAUUCUCCUGAGAUGAUUCAGGCCAAGAUUAGUUACAACCAAGCAGUUGAUAGAUUGUACAAGGAGCGUGGUGAAAAUAUAAAGCAUCAGUACACUUUAACAAAAGAUCUUCCAGAGCUUCUCCAGGCGAAAGAGAAUGCCAUGAACAUAAGUGAGAUACGCUAUAAAGAAUCUUGGAGGAAGCUUCAAGGUGGCGGAUACAAACUGCGUUUAGAUGCCAUUCCUUUCCAGGCAGCGAAAGCAUCCUCUGAAAUUAUUAGUGAUUACAAGUACAAAGAGGCCUUUGAGAGGAUGAAAGGGCGCAUGGUUGGGCCACGUGGCCUGGAUGAUGACAUUAAAAUUGCUCACUCAGUCCAAGCGAGUCAAGUUCAAAGCAAUCUGGGAUACAGAAAGGAGUUUGAGGACAGCAAAACUCAGUUCCAUCUUCCCAUGGAUAUGGUGGAUAUCGUACAUGCUAAGAAAGCUCAGUCAUUGGUCAGCGAUCAGGAUUACAAGCAAAUGUUCCAUCACUACACAACUUUGUCUGAUGACCUGAAGAUACAGGCAGCUAAAAGGGCCUACGAACUACAGAGUGAGAAAAUGUACAGGUCUGACUUGAACUUCUUAAGAGGGGUUGCCUGGAUUUCUACUGGGGCUGUUCAGAUUGAGGGUGUGAAGAAAGCCACAGAUCUUAUCAGUGAGAAAAAAUAUCGCCAGCGGCCAGAUACAUUCAAAUAUACAACUGUGACGGAUUCUCCUGAUAUACUACAUGCCAAGUUCAGCAACAUGAUUACCAAUGAGCGUCUGUACAAAGCAGCAGGAGAAGAUUUGAGGCACCAUUACACCAUGACUGUAGGUUUACCUGAAAUGAUCCAAGCAAAAAUCAAUGCCGCCAACUUUAGUGAGGCCAAAUACAGAGAAUCCUGGUACAAUCAAAGAGCACAAGGCUAUAAGCUGACAAUGGAGGCUAUUCCAUUCCAGACUGCCAAGGCAUCAAGAGCUGUUGCAAGUGAUUACCAAUACAAGCACAACUUUGUGAUGGAGAGAGGAAAGCACAUUGGAGCCAGGAGCAUUCUAGAUGACCCCAAACUGCUGCACUGUAUACAGGUUGCUAAGUUACAGAGCUCCCAGCUGUACAGGAAGGAGUUUGAGGACACAAGGUCCAAGUACCACCUCUCAUUAGAUAUGAUGAACCUUGUCCAUGCUCAAAAAGCUCAGACUUUGGCAAGUGGCCAGGACUACAGGACAAGGCUCCAUGAAUACACAUCUCUGCCAGAUGAUAUGAAACUACAGUGGGCAAAGGAGGCACAUAAACUGCAGAGUGAGACACAGUAUAAAUCUGAUCUGAAAUUCAUGAAAGGUGUUGGCUGGAUGACUGCAGGAUCCCCACACAUUGAAAGUGUGAAGAAGGCUGGAGAACUUGUUAGUGAGAAGAAAUAUCGACAGCAUCCCGACACCCUGAAGUUCACUGCUGUGGUAGAUUCUCCAGAUAUGGUUCAUGCCAAGAACAGCUACCUACAGUGCAGUGAAAGACUGUACAGAUCUGGAGACUCUGAUAUGUUGCACAGAUACACUUUACCACCUGAUCACCCUGAUUUCAUUAGGGCACGAAUAAAUGCUCAGCACAUCAGUGAUAAAGCUUACAAAACAUCCUGGGAAAAGACAAGAGCCGGAGGCUGUGAUUUGCGCCUUGAUGCCAUUCCCUUCCAAACAGCGAAAGCCUCAAGGGAGAUUGCUAGUGAUUUCAAGUACAAAGAAGCUUUUGUAAAGGAGAAAGGCCACCAGAUUGGGUUCCGCAGUAUAUAUGAUGAUCCCAAGAUGAAGCACGUGAUGAAUGUCAGCAAACUUCAGAGUGGCAAUGAGUAUAAGAAGCAAUACAAAGAGACACAGUCUCAGUAUCAGCUACCGCUCGACCAGCCAGGCUUCACGCAUGCCAAGAAGAGCCAACAGCAAGCUAGCAACAUCAACUACCGACAGCAGCUGCACGAUUACACUUGCGACCCAGAGCAGCUGAACAUGAAGCACGCGAAGGAGGCCUACAAGUUACAGAGUGAUGUUGCAUAUAAAUCAGACUUAAACUGGAUCCGGGGCAUUGGCUGGACUCCACCAGGCUACCAUAAAGUGGAAAUGGCCAGGAGGGCUGCAGAGCUAGGGUACACUCAGGGGCAGGACCCCCAGGAAGCACUGGCACAGUAUGAACAAAUGCUGGCUGCACGAAAGAGGCUGGAAGAAGAACAGUAUCCUAAUGUUAACCCUGAUGCAGCUGAAAUUCUGCAAGUGAAACGGAAGCAAAUGCAUUUGCCAAAAAAAUAAAAAUGCCAAUACUGUUUGUUGCCACAGAAAGUGAUACCACUUAAAUUAUACACAUGUGGAUAUGAAACUUAACCAUUGAAAAACAUUGUUACCUUUACCUAGAACUUCACAAAAGUCAUGUUUCAAAUUGUUAACCAGAUAAAUGUAGCUCUGAGGUGAGUUACUUAUCUCAUUUGCUGUAACACUGUAGACAUGCUUUGGUUCAUACAUGCCACACAUUACAGAAGCUUGGCUCAUUUGUUAAAAAUCUGUUCAAUUUGAUUUGUUUAGUCAUUAAUCAAAAUGUUGGUAUGUGAGAUAAACUACAUCCUAAAUAGAAGGUAGUUACGAUCAAUCUAACAGCACUAAUCAGCUAAAUCGUGUAAAACUGUAAAUAUGGAAAAAAAUAAAUAUAAAAUUCUCUGAAAAAUUUUCAGAUUAAAAAACAAGUCACAUACGGGCCAGUUUAUAGCUAAGUUUCUGCAGUGAAAUCUACUUACAAGCAGAGUACAAAUAAAUAUAAUAAAUGCUUUAUUCAUCCACAGGCUCUUUUGUAAACUGGUAUUUGGUAACACGUGCAAAACAGAAGACCAUUUAGGUGAUUUAUACCAGAUUACUACUUAUUCACAGAGUGUGAUUUGACAAACUGCAUUCUUCCUCUGUGUUGUCCCUUUGUUAUAAUUUUUGUAUCCAUAUUAGUGAGAGGGGCUACUGACCUUAGUGUGAACCUUAUAUAUAAUCCAUUACUUAAAGUAAGCAUUCAUAUUUUUUAAUGAUCUGACAUUUACUUUAUUUGGUGCAUAUGAAUAUUUUUUCAUGAACUUUUAUUUCUUGUAAUACUUGACAAAAUGUUUACUGGAAGUCUGAAAAAUCAUGAUAAUAUAACUGACUGGCUCAGUUUUGUGUGAGAAAAGAAAGAAAGACAUGUAUAAGAGGAAAUACCUUAAAUGAAAUAAUUAAAAAAAUAUUCAUAGUUUUUGCUUUGAAAAUGAAUGUUUUUAAUUGGCAUGGUUUACAUAAAGAACGGAAUGAAAUGCCAUAUUUUAAAUAAAAGUUCUCUUUCUUUGUGA